ACGGCUUAAUUAAGGGUUUCAAUUUCUAGGGUUUAUGUGAGCAGCAAAGCGGCAAAGGCAGCCUAACCAUCAACACCAGCCACCAUGGUUCUCAAGACUGAACUUUGCCGCUUUAGUGGUGCAAAGAUAUACCCUGGUAAGGGUAUCAGAUUUGUUAGAUCUGAUUCUCAGGUCUUCCUGUUUGCCAACUCAAAAUGCAAGAGGUACUUCCACAACAGAUUGAAGCCUUCAAAGCUUACUUGGACAGCUAUGUACAGAAAGCAACACAAGAAGGAUAUAGCUGCAGAAGCUGUGAAAAAGAGGCGUCGUACUACUAAGAAACCAUAUUCUAGAUCUAUUGUUGGGGCUACCUUGGAGGUGAUCCAGAAAAGGAGAACUGAGAAACCUGAAGUGCGAGAUGCUGCCCGAGAAGCUGCACUCCGUGAAAUUAAGGAGAGGAUCAAGAAAACUAAGGAUGAGAAGAAGGCGAAGAAAGCAGAACUGAUGGCCAAAACACAGAAGACACAGGGCAAGGGUAAUGUUCCCAAGGGUGCUGCUCCAAAGGGCCCCAAAUUGGGCGGUGGUGGUGGAAAGCGCUAAGCUGCUAGACUUGGUCUAAGGUGAAGGUAGAAAGUGUAUUCUUGACGGCUUUGUAGUAAUUUCCCAUUCCUGUUCAAUUUUGUUCUGAUUAUUUUGUUUCUAAAUAUUUAAGCAAAUGGAGCUGUUUCAGUUGUUUCAAGGUUUUAACAGUUGGUUUUGUUUAAUGGAUUUAAGAAAUUUUUACUUCAUUUUCAA